CCCGCGUUCCUUGUUCCAAGGGGCAGGCAGGACGGGCUGAAAACAGAAACCGCUUCCAAAAAGAUAAAGGUUGGAUGCGAAAGGGACAGGCUGUCAUGCGAGGCGUGGAAGAGAUGGUCAGACACGCCGUCGAGGGACACACACCCCAUCCCUCAGCGAUCCAGAGGUGUCUGGAGCCCACGCCCUCCCGCCAGCCCAGCCAGUGCCAUUGCCACCCUGUCCUCACCCCCACCCCUGUCCACCCCCAGCCGCUGUCCACACAGCCAUGCGGACCCAGGACAGAACGUGCACAUACAACGUGCACAAACAGUCCACUCUCCACGGCUGAGUUUCAUCCUUUCCCCAGACUCUGUUAUCCUCUGAAACCCGGCAUUCGGGGUCCCUCACAUCUUCCAGAGCCCCAGUGUGCGCAUGUGGAGUGUGGUGUGGUUUGGGGGGGGUUGUCCGGUUGGGAGGAGGAUCCGAUUCCUGUUUCCUGCCCCUACUCACUCGCCCCGGGAGGUGACCGAGAGUGGAGAGGCCUCGAGGGAUUACAGCGCCUUCCUGGCGGGAGGAAGUGAGCCCAGGCCCCAGCGUCUUGGCACCAUUGGUCCUCACCUUUAGUCUGGCCUCCUGACCACCCUCUAGGCAUCCUGGCGGGACCCAGGCUUCCACCGGGGCAUCUCUCCGGGACCAGGGGAUGACUCCAGCAGUGUACCCCACUCCUUGGAAGAGCUCAGAGGAAGAUGUCAGCUCAGUCUCUUCCUGCAGCAACACCCCCUACCCAGAAGCCCCCUCGGAUCAUCCGGCCCCGCCCCCCUUCUCGCCCCCGGGCUGCCCAGUCCCCGGGGGCCCACCACAACGGCUCCUCUCCACACGAACCUCCCCUCACUGCCAACGAGGCACCAACCCUGAUGUGCACCCCCAUCUUCUGGGAGCCCCCAGCCUCGUCCCUCAAGCCCCCAGCCCUUCUGCCCCCGUCAGCUUCUAAAGCCAGCCUCGACUCCCAGACUUCCCCAGACUCGCCUUCCGGCACCCCCAGCCCAGUGUCCCGGCGCUCCAUCUCCCCAGAACCCGCUCCCCGGUCUCCAGUGCCCCCACCCAAACCCUCCGGGUCACCCCGAACGGCCCUGCCCCUGCUCCAUUCGACCCGGGCCCCUGGCCAGGAUGGCUCUGCCUCGGCCGCAGGCACCGUGCGGAGACUGGCUGGCAGGUUCGAAUGGGGGGUUGAAGGCAAGGUCCAGGCUCCAGAUGCCCUGGAGCCGGGUCCUCCUGGGGGACUGGAUGUGAAUGGGGAGAGAGAGACCGCGCAGGGCAUCCUCGCUGGAAGUGGGUCCCAGGAGAAUGGCACUCCAGAUGCUGCGCUGGCCUGCCCUCCCUGCUGCCCUUGUGUCUGCCAUGUAGCCCGGCCCGGCCUGGAGCUCCGAUGGGUGCCACUGGGGGGCUAUGAGGACGGCCCCAGGGUCCCCUGCCGGGCCUCCCCACUGCGGACCUCCCGCUCCCGCCCCAGCCCUCCAAGCCUCAGCCAGCCCCCAGUCGUCCUCACGUCCUACCGCUCCACUGCCGAGCGCAAACUCCUGCCACCCCUCAAUCCCCCCAAACCAACUCGGGUCAGACAGGACGUCACCAGCUCCGGGGACGCCCCACAGCCAGAUCUCGAUCUGCCCUCCGAAGAUGGAAUCCAGACAGGGGACAGUCCCGAUGGCGCCCCUCAGAACGAUCCUCCAGCCACCACGGAGGGCAGGGAGGCUGAGGAGCUGGAGGAGCUGAAGGGGCAGAACUGGGAGCUGCCCCUGCAGGACGAACCCCUGUACCAGACCUAUCGAGCAGCCGUGCUGUCAGAGGAGCUGUGGGGGGUCAGUGAGGAUGGGGGACCCUCUUCAGCAAAUCCUGGGGAAGCUCCCCCCUUCGCCCGGCCCCCCGGACCUCGCAACACGCUGUGGCAGGAGCUUCCGGCUGUGCGAGCCAGCGGCCUCCUGGACACCCUCAGCCCCCAGGAGAGGCGCAUGCAGGAGAGCCUGUUCGAGGUGGUGACAUCCGAGGCCUCGUACCUGCGCUCCCUGCGGCUGCUGACCGACACCUUUGUGCUGAGCCAGGCGCUCCGGGACACGCUCACCCCCCGGGAUCACCACACCCUCUUCUCCAACGUGCAGCGAGUCCAGGGAGUCAGUGAGCGGUUUCUAGGGAAGUUACUGUCCCGUGUGCGCUCUUCCCCGCACAUCAGCGACCUGUGCGACGUGGUGCACGCCCACGCCGUGGGGCCUUUCUCCGUGUACGUGGAUUACGUGCGGAACCAGCAGUAUCAGGAGGAGACGUACAGCCGCCUGAUGGACACGAACGUGCGCUUCUCUGCGGAGCUGCGGCGGCUGCAGAGCCUCCCCAAGUGCCAGCGGCUCCCGCUGCCGUCCUUCCUGCUGCUGCCCUUUCAGCGCAUCACGCGGCUCCGCAUGCUGCUGCAGAAUAUCCUGUGCCAGACAGAGGAGGGGUCCAACCGCCAGGAGAAUGCCCAGAAGGCUCUGGGUGCUGUCAGCAAGAUCAUUGAGCGGUGCAGCGCCGAGGUGGGGCGCAUGAAGCAGACAGAGGAGCUGAUCCGGCUCACGCAGAGGCUGCGCUUCCACAAAGUCAAGGCCCUGCCCCUGGUCUCCUGGUCCAGGCGCCUGGAGCUGCAGGGGGAGCUGACUGAGUUAGGAUGCAGAAGGGGGGGCGUGCUCUUCGCCUCCCGCCCCCGCUUCACCCCCCUCUGCCUGCUGCUCUUCAGUGACUUGCUGCUCAUCACUCAGCCCAAGAGUGGGCAGCGGCUACAGGUUCUGGACUAUGCCCAUCGCUCCCUGGUCCAGGCCCAGCAGGUCCCGGACCCAUCUGGACCACCUACGUUCCGCCUCUCCCUUCUCAGCAACCACCAGGGCCGUCCCACCCACCGGCUACUCCAAGCUUCAUCCCUAUCAGACAUGCAGCGCUGGCUGGGAGCCUUCCCUACCCCAGGCCCCCUUCCCUGCUCCCCAGGCACCAUCUAUGAGGACUGUGACUGUUCCCAGGAACUCUGUUCAGAGACUUCCACACCUGCCAAGACUGAGGGACGGAAUCUGGAGUCCAGGGCUCCCCGCAAGCACCUAUACAAGAGCCCCGAAGGCUGGCUGAAGGGGCUUCCUGGGGCCUUCCCUGCCCAGUUGGUGUGUGAAGUCACGGGGGAACACGAAAGGAGGAAGCACCUUCGUCAGCACCAGAGGCUCCUGGAGGCUGUUGGGCCCUCUUCAGGCUCCCCCAGUGCCCCGCAGCCCUAAUGCAGGCUGGGGGGACGGGGUGGCGGCACAAGUUGGGACAGCUGGCAGCCUGGCACAGAGGAGACAAAGCCCAUCCAUCCAUUGGAUUUGCUGUCAGUGGAAACGCUACCUCAGUGGCAACCAAUAGGGACAGAGCUUCAGGACUGGGCAGUCAAUGAAAACAGGGCCGUCUGAGCCCACGCAUGAGGGAGAAUGAAGAUGGCUUGAGUGGAUUGCCAGUGGAGACAGAGGCUCAGUGCAGAGUGGCCAGUGGGUGCUGAGCUGGCUGAGCCUCUGGCCAAUGAGUAUCCCUGCUAUGCUCACAGCCAAGAAAGAGGAAGCUAGGUCAGUGCAGCUAAAAGAGGGCUGCACUGGAGAUAAAGUCCUAGGAUAAAAUAGCCAACAGCAGGGACACAUCCAGCCAAAGAAGAUGGUGAUCUGGGCCCAAGAGACCAGUAGGAACCCUGCUUGGUGCUAUAGCAACGACCGUCUUGCCUUUUGAGUCUGGGAAGUAUUAGAUUCCAUUCCUGGGGUGCCUCCUGUGUCCUCUUGAGCCACUUCCUCUCUUCUAGAAGAAUCCAGAGUAUGUGUCUCAGAGAAUCUGUGUGUGUGUGCAUAUGUCUGUACAUGUAUCAAGGAAGGUGAUUCUGCUGAACAUGGUGUGUGUGUGGUCUUGCCCCCUUCCCAGAUGAUUGAAUCCUCGAUUUCUCCCCUCACUCCCCAUUUUUCCUAUUAGCCUCCUCAGGAAAGACACUAGGUCUGAGCUCCAGAGGAGAAUGUGCUGGGUGUGGUUGGCAGCCAGAGGCCAGAGCUGGGGAUGAGAGGCCUGGGUUCGGCCUCCAUAAUCCCUACCUGCAGAUCCUCCAACCUGAACUAUAACCAGCCAUUCAGCCUCAGCCUCGGGCUUCAGACUGGCUCUGGGUCCUGGGGUUGAGUGAAGAAACAGGAGCCGUGGAUCUCGGGCCAGCUGAGCCUCUAGGGCUUUCUUGCCUUCAUCCUGGUCCUUUCACAGAAACACUGGGCCAAGCGGUGGGGAGAGAACAGAGAACCAGCAUUACUGCCUAAUCCCACCCAGAGCAUCUGCUUCCAGAUGAGAGACUGCCCCCGCACAAUGCCAGAAGGAGGUGAGGAAUGGAGACAGAGCGGAGCAGACAGUUGCUGGCAAGUGGGGGCCCGGGCCUGGCACAAGGUCAUCCCUGAGCUAAGCCAUCACACCUUCCCUUCAGCUCAUGCAUGGCAACUUGCCCAGGACAGAAACUGCCACGCCGACCACUGGAGGUGCAAGGACUCUGGGAGACUGAGAGGGAGAAAGGCACUGGCAUUUUGGCAUGUCCAUGACUUUGGGGAUUCACCUAGCACAGUGCCUGACAUAUGAGAAACCCUCAAUAAAUGGUGGAGCUGCAUUGAGGCUCUCCUGGGAGCAUGUGCUUAAAGGAGCAGUGGUUUCCAAAUGUGACUUUAUUAGGGGGGAGGGGCUGGUUGAAAAGGGAUCCUUUGAGAGCAGGGGUUAGCUCUGCUGGGAACUGGGGCUUGGAGACCAGGUGCAAGGUGUGUUGGCGCACUCAUAGCUCCUGAGGGAUCUGUGGCGGUGUGAUGGGAGGAGCGCUGCACAUGCUGAAGCAGAGAGCUGCUGCGGGUUGGGGAAGAGGACUGGCAGAGCCAGAUAUGGAUGGGGCUCUGGCAGGGGAUGAAGAUGCAGCAAGAAGGACACAAAGGGCAAUCAGUCAGCAAUAAAGAUCCUUUACUG